AUGAGUGAAUCCUUUUCUCUUGUUAAACAACCAGUCGAACCUCGAUUCCAACCAUAUAUGGACAUCGAGGACCUGAUAUGGAGCAUUAAUGAAGAGAAUUGCCUCACCACUAUCAAUAAAAUUGUCGAAUUAGUUCCAGCAGAAAAUAAACAUCUAUUCCUUUUCGCCUUGUUUACAGCGUCUAAGGUAUGGAAAAGGAGACCGAGGCAAAGAUCUCCCAUCAAUGUUCUUAUAGAAUCAUUGCAAAAAAGUUCAUCUUUCGAAUUUUACAAAGAUUUCGUUCAGGAAUUACGAAAAGCUCUACAAAAUGUUAUAAAGUUGGAAGAAAAGGAAAAUUCCGACCAAGUGAUACAGUUUAUUAAACAAGAUAACACUGCUUUAUUUAUUGUAGCGACAAGACUCAUGAAACUCGAAGAUCUUAGAAGCUACUUGAAAUACGCGAUAAGAUACGGCUCGGCAAACAUAUUUAAAUUCAUUGCUUCGAACUGUGGAUCGAUUAAUUUAUCUGAGUAUUUAAAAGACGCAAUUAAAGGUGGAAACCAAGAAAUUGUUACUAUUGCAAAGGGAAAAGAUAGUUGUCUCAAGCCUUACUUGAAAACUGCGAUAAAAUAUCACCAAACUUGGAUUAUCGAUAAAAUUUUAACAGACAAUCAAAUAAAAGAAUACAAAGACAUCUCCAUUGCUCUUUGUAUCGAAAAUGCAUACCUAAGAGUCGGAUAUUACUUAAUGAAUCAAGGAUUUGAUUUGGAAGAAAGUUAUCGUGACGAAAAACAUUUGACUAUCUGCUGUCGAAUUACCAUUCAUCCAAUGAUCGAGAUUCUACUGGAAAAAGGCGUAAAAGCGUCAACAGAAGCGUUAUCAGACGCAGCUCGUCGAAAUGACAUACAUAUCUUCAACAAACUACUGGAAUAUGGUGCUGAUCCGAAUGAGGCUUUGAUUACGGACCAAUACCUUCCAAAUCCAAUUUGUUCUUGCAUAGAAAAAAAAUACGACAAAAUUUUAGAGAAAGUACUCGAUACAUACGAUCCAAAUGUCAAUAAAUACCCAAUUACACCUAUUUCAUUGGCAUUUGCUUACUCAAAUCAAGAAGUUUUGGAAAAUAUUAUUUCUAAAAACUUAUCUGUUAAGCCUGCUAUAGAUGAUAAGCCAGAAUUCGAAUAUCCAAUACACGUAGCUGCAAGAAUGAUAGAUUUGAAGUACGUUAAUAUGCUAAUUCAAAGAAAAGUUGAUAUCAACGUUGUAAAUCCUGUAACUGGUGAAACUCCUUUGAUCGCCGCAAUCUCAUUGAUGCAGUCAAACACAGCAGAGAUACUUGUAAACAAUGGCGCCGAUCCAGAAAUAAUCGCGAAAUAUACAAGACACUCUGACUGGCCAUCAACAGCAUUAUCGAUUGCUUUUGACAUGUCCAAGCACAACCUUAUAUCCAAAAUCCUCUCUGUUUCAAACAAUUUCAAUGCAAUUGAUUUUUGCGCGAUAACUAACCAAGGAGAUGCUUCCGCUCUGCAAAUCAUCACAAGUAAGUUCGAUGGAAUGAAUGAAGUUGUUAAAAAAUCUAGAAAUUUAUCCGAAAAUACUUAUGAAAACAUCAAAACUCCAUUUACCAUGGCUCUUGUUCAUAACAAAUACGCAUUUGCUAAGAAAUGCAUCGAAUUAGGUGGUGAUGUCACUACAAAAAGAGGCGGAUUAACUCCAUUAGGUUUCUGCUGCAUGUACAACUUCAUGGAGUCAUGCAGAGCACUUAUUGAUAGUGGUGUUCCAAUUUCCUCCCUUUCAGAACGCGUUCCAGGCUAUUUCGAGUUCCCAAUCGAAAUCUCCGCCGCUCAAGGAUACACGCAAUUGUUCCAAUACCUUUGUGGAGUGUACGUAACAAAAUGUAGAGCAUGGGAAGUCAAGAAUCCGAACAUUUUCCUUCAGGCAAUCGCUGGUGGCCACUUAGAACUGAUCAGAAUCCUGAUUCUCCUCAAAUUCGGCAUGAAUACUGUAUCCAAACAUGUUUUAAUCAGAGGAAAACCCUUCGAUAACCCUGUAACUCCUCUUUUCGUCGCAAUUAAUUUUGAUAAUUAUGAUAUUGCGAGACUUCUCAUUGCUUUUGGAGCUACAAUGGAUGAACCAUGCGUUAAUCUAUUGAGACAGAAGGGUAAAUCAGACUUUAUAUCGACAAUUAACGAAAAAUUUAUUAUGUCUCAAAGAGAAAAGGUCACAUCAAUGCCAUUGAACAUCCUUCUGAGUCAGAAAGAUCUUUUGGCCCUCCAGAAUGCCAAAAUUCCAUUCAAAUUCCCCAAAGAUAUUUAUGAUCCAGAAAUCAUGAGAAAAGAAGUUCAAUCUCGUGAAGAAAACGGAAAUAAUGAUAAAGAAGAUCCAAAUGACCAAGAAACUGACGAAAAUAUCAUUCCAGAACCAAAAAUUUUGGAAGAAAUCAAACCGAAAAGUUCUUCUAAGUCCAGAUCGAAGAAAUCCAAACAAAAAGCAAGCGAAAGUGAAGAGGAACAGAAGCCAAAACCAAGAAGAGGCAGAAAACCAAAAAUAGUUCCGAAAUCUCCUUCAGAAAGUUCAGAAUCAAGUCCAGAAGAGCAAUCUUCAUCAUCAGAGGAAGUAGUUGAAGAGGAAGAGCAGGAAGAAGCUGAAGAAGAAGAGGAAGAAGAGGUUAAAUACGUUGAUAAGUUAAUUGAGUCGGGAACUUCGGAUUCAGAGGAUUACGAAGGGUCUAAAGCUAAACCUAAGACAAGAGGAAGGAGAAAGAAAGCUGUGGAACCUCAGGAAACAGAAAAACAAACUAAAUCUUCCAAAUCAGAAAAAACUACACUAGGACACUACAUUCCUGCUGAAAUCAAGUCACCUGAUGAGUUCUUUAAGCAUAACGGCUGGUCUCUUAAAUGGCCUCGCGAUCAAAAAUUACGAACUUUCGUUCAUGAUCGAUUUUUAUAUUAG